AUGGGCAAGCAGACCACCAAGCAGAGGAAACGGCAGCCUGGCAGGAAGGGGGCCACCAACGCCGUGAAGCAGAAGGUGCAGAAGGCGCGGCAGAAGAAGGCGAGGAAGGCCAAGAAGGGCGAGAAGCAGAUCAACGACCUGGCGGACAUGCUCGCCAGGACCGGGCCGGCUGCCGGCGAGGCCGAAGCAGGCGGAGGGGCCGGCGCGGGCGACGCCGAGAUGGACAGCAAGGCCGACGGCGGCGUGGCUGCCGUGGCCGCGCUGCCGCGGGCGGAGCUCAAGAAGAAGCUGCGCGCCAAGAUCGCGGGAGGGCAGCUGGAGAACGCACGCAGGGCCUCACGAGGGGCGAGGUGGAUAGCCGGGGUCAACAACGACCAAAGGGAGCCAAAAGGGAGCCAAAGAGCAAGGAGAUGCAAAGAUGGGUACGUGAAGGGCGAAGCUGAAGCAGCCUGCGCUUUGGAUCUGUACGUGUGUUAUCCCAUUUAG